AUGAUUGCAACACGACAUGAUGGAUGUACAUGUGCGGGAUUAUUCUGUUCAUCAAGAUGUCCCAAUGGUAUUGUGGGUAUUCCAUUCACGUUACCCGCUCUUCCUUCCCAUUCAUUUCCUCCAUUUCCCACUCUUCCAUUGCAUGCGGCUGCACAUAGAUCAUUUCGGUCAUUGACAUUACCAUCUUUUUUCUACGUUGCUCCAACUCCAAUGCCUCAAUCAAGCACAUCUUCAAAUUGUGAACAAAAGAUAACUACAUCAUCAAAUUGCUAUGAGAACAAUAGCAACAACAAUAAUAACAGCACGGUCAACUUUGGGAGCUCUCAGCCAGCACAACAACCUCAGGUUCUAACAGUAACACCUGGGACACUUAUGUCACCUGUACCACUUCUACAAUCGAGUACUGUUAAAGAAAUAAACCAGCAACCAGUUUAUCUGAUGCAGAAUCAAGUAGAGAUUCUGGCACAAAACCCAUCAAGUACUACAUAUCCACCAGAACAGUAUGCACAGUUAGACUACGAAUUCGCCGAGAAAGACGCUGAGCAAAGUUUGAUCGAAUUUGGGAAAAGUUGGAGGAUGAUUAUUUUGGAGAACAUCGACACAAAUCCAUCGACAUCGAAGAGGAAGGUCCAAAAAGCGGCCACCAAUCUGAUUGGAGGUCUAUUUGAUGUGAUCUGUUCUCAAAAUGAUUUUUCUUACUUGGCCAACACUCAACUCUUUUGUGAGGCCGGCAAUGGAGAGAUCACUUGUUUUGCUUUUCUUCACUCGGCUCUGCGUGGAAACACCAUGGCGUGUUUCGGCGUUGACAACCACGGGAGAUGUCAAUCCGAAGGGAAUCGAGAAGAGAUUCCUUUUCCUCCACCCGUUCUUUCCCUCAAGAAUCCAUCGCAUUCCGCCAUCUAUUCACACAUUCCAUCAAUUUCUUCAUCUCUUGAUUGGUGUCAUUAUUUUCGUCUUCUCAAACGUGAACACACUCGUCCUGAAUGCUAUGGAGUAACGGAAAGUCGAUUGAGAUUGGCAAGAAGAAAGGAGCAACAUUUACAACAAGUGAUGAGACGAUGGAGGCAAUCAUAUGAGGAAUCGGAAGAGGAUGGACACGAAUAUUACACUACACCGUUUCCUUUCGUUCGAACGACUACGCCUCAACCAACCACCCGUCGACCGUCGAUUCAAUUUUGGAAACCGAAGAAAAAUUAUGGAUUGGAUGAAUGUUGGGGAAGAUUUGGAUAUUGUCGUGAUUCUCGUAUCUGUGAGAGUGGACAGAUGUGCGUUCAGAAGACUGGCUAUUGUUGCAGUCCAUGGAGCAAACAGGCUCAAAUUGUGGCAGCGUGCCCUGGUCCGACGUUAAUGAAUGUCACCUGCAAAGCAUCAGCUCCCGUUACAUGGUGUCGGGAGGACAGUCAUUGUCAUUCAGCUCCCGUUCGAUUGUGUUGUCCGACGCUUUGUGGAUACAAUAUUUGUAUA